UUGAAAACUGAAAACUUUACUCAAAACACAAAUAAAAAGUGGAAUGCUAAUGCUAACUUAUUCCUUCUAAAACUUAGUUAUUAAGAAGAGUUUAAGUCAUCACGAUUACAUGACAAUUCAUAUAAAAAUCUCAUCAAACAAUUUUCUGAAACACUGGUUCUCGCUUUAGGGAAGUAAUGUUUGAAAACUGUUUUUAAAAGAUAAACAUUUCAUCACGUCAAGAAACAGACUGUUUCCAUAAUAUACCGAGUUGAAGAAAACAAUGCAGCGUUGCAUUUCCCACCUAGAUUACACCAUGUCAGUCUGAUACCAGAGGUUAUCAUGACCGCCGGAAUUCUCCCGCUGUUGCUAGCCUUGAGCAACGAAGCCCCGCUCGAAACGCUCCAGAGCACCUUUGCCAACUUCAGUGCCGAAUAUCUGUACGGCGAUGCGAGCGCAACGUUCCGCGACACCAACUCGUUCCUGCUCGAGUAUGACUUUAUCGUGAUCGGUGCCGGAUCCGGCGGUUGCGUGAUGGCCAACCGACUGAGCGAGAACCCACGGUGGAAGGUUCUGCUGCUGGAGGCAGGUCGCGAGGAGAACGCACUGCUCAGCGUUCCGCUGACGGCGGCGGAGCUGCUUACGGAGACUGGGUACAGUUGGCAAUACAAGGCGGAGCCGGAGAGUACUGUUUGCAGGGGAGAACCGGGUGGGGUUUGUAGUGUGAUUAAAGGGCGCGGGCUUGGGGGUACGAGCUUGCACAACUACAUGGUGUACACCCGGGGUCAUUACUACGACUACGAUCGAUGGGCCCUGGCUGGUAACUACGGUUGGAGCUACUCCGACGUGUUGCCUUACUUCUUGAAGGGUGAGCAGAGCUAUUUGAAGAAAUCUCGGCUGACCUUGCAAACGCCGUUACUACGCAGCUUCGUCGAAGCUGGGAAGAGUUUUGGGUAUUCGUCAAUUGAGCCGGAUGAUAAGGUUCAGCUUGGUUUCUUCAAGGUUACGGACACGAAUACUUUUAGAGGUCAACGACGCAGUGCAGCCCGGGACUAUCUUCAUCCGAUUAGAAACAGACCAAAUCUUUUUAUUUCGAUGAACUCGCGAGUCAUCAGAAUCUUGAUCGAUCCCAGAACAAAAACUGCCCACGGAGUUGAGUUUGUGAAAGAUGGAGUACAGCACAAAGUCUACGCCAGCAAGGAAGUUGUACUAUCAGCCGGUGCCAUCAACUCUCCCCAACUGCUGAUGCUCUCUGGAGUAGGUCCCAAGCAACAUCUGGAGUCGUUAUCGAUACCGGUGAUCAAGUCGCUGGACGUUGGCUACAACCUUCAUGAUCAUUAUGCCUACUCUAGCCUUCAGUUCAAUCUUAAUCAGUCACUGUUCUUAAAUCCUGCUGAGUUUAACUCUAACACACUUGCGGAAUACCUAACCCAUGGAACAGGGGUGUUUUCUUUCCCUGCGAGAUUCGAAAGUGCAGCGUUCAUGAGCACUCCUAUGUCCGACCUUCCCGUUGAUUACCCUGACAUUGAGUUAUUCUUUGCUUCUGUUACGCUCAAUAGGAAUAGCUCUGAUUCAGCUCUAAAACUGCUCGGACUUCCACAAGCCUUGGAGGGCUCAAAUUUGCUGGCAAACGCCGAUCGAGGACAGUUUUCGAUCUUCGUAACCUUGGAGCAACCAAAAAGUCGUGGUCGGAUCACUUUGAAGAACACCAAUCCAUACUCUCAACCUCGCAUCAAAACCAACUACUUCAGUCAUCCCCACGACCUCGCCACCGUCAUCUCCGCCAUCAACAUGGCCGUAGAACUAGGCGAAUCCGCACCCUUUGCCAAGUACGGAUCAUCGCUGGAUCCAACUCCAAUCCCCGGAUGCGAAUCCCUCCCGUUCAGAAGUGACGACUACUGGAAGUGCACCGUCCAGCAAAUGGCUUCGCUUUCACCCCAUCAGUGCGGAACUUGCAAGAUGGGACCGGCCAGCGACACAAGCGCGGUGGUCAACCCAGAGCUGCAGGUUCACGGUGUCCGGAAUCUCCGCGUCGUCGAUGCCUCCAUCAUGCCCACUCCUAUGACGGGACAUCCGAACGCGGUCGUGUUCAUGAUUGGCGAAAAAGCGGCCGACAUGGUGAAGAAUCGCUGGCUGAAGCGAUGAAGUCUUGCUGGUUGGGUAAAUAAAUUAAAUUGCUAAAUUAUGAACCGGUACAAUAUUUACCGAGAGUUUGUGUUUUCCGGAUGCUUUCAAAACUCCUCCCCGACAGCAGCUGCGUGGAGUGCUAUAUUAACUGGUUUCCGUGCGGUGGUGGAAAGUUUGAGGGGAAGUUCAAAGUAAACAUAAUAACAGUUUAGCCCAAGUUCAGCGGGCGCGC